UCUUGUCAUUUGUAUUUGUAAUUGUCAUCACAGAUUGUCAAAUAGAAAUUAUUUGGAAAUCCAUUGAAAAUCGAAUCGAAUCCUAAAUCUAUUUCGCAGUUUUCCUUUUCGCUUAAUUUUAGAGCAUACAUAUUAUGUACUAUCUUUUCAUUUACGUUUAGUUACCUACUUUUAUUCGUGCAUAUAAUAGGUGAAAAUGUUGAGACUAGGUCCCAAGUUGGGAACUGAACGUAAUUCAGAAUGGAGUUGCUGCUUUUGUUUCCACGUCCGCACCGGCACAGUCCUGCUUGGCAUAUGGCAUCUGAUGCUGCAUUUAAUAGCGCUAGGGUUUCUGGCUGCAAUAGUACGCGACCCCAGUCUCCUUGAAGAGUUGGAGCGUGACUCUGCUCCAAUUGGCAGUAUGGAGACUCGGCCGACGCCCUUCCCGCAACAUGGCACCCAUACACGUGAUCACAGCUUGAUAUAUCAUGAUGUGGAUGUAGGUGCGUUGGUGACAGUGUGUACCCUGGCUAUCACUCUCAUGUUGAUAUACGGAGCGUCGCGCGGCAAGCCCGCACAUUUGCUGCCCUUCUUCUGUCUGCAGAUAUUUGAUUUUGCUAUUACUGUGCUGACGGCAACAGGCUACCUCUGCUAUCUUCGGUCUAUUCACCGCUUGGUGGCGGAGGCGCGUCGCGUGCCGUGGCGUGAGCAGCUGCUGUCGUUGCCGGCCCCUGCACUGGCGCUGGUCGUACUCGGAGCCUUCCUCCUCGCAGUGUUGCUCAAGGCCUACUUCAUCAGCGUAGUAUGGCGGUGCUACAAGUACCUCACGAUGCGCACCCACGCGCUACACAGCCUCACUCCGUUCGUGAUCUCGAGCGAGGGGGUUGUGACCCCCGCCGCGCCCCCGUACUCUGGCCCACCCGCCGCGCCCGACUACUCCAGCCUGCUGCCGGACUACGAGGAGGCUGUGAAGCAAACCCCCCCGCCGUCUUACCGCGCCGCUACUCUCAUGACAACUGAUCCAGAAAACGCUGCUGUGGGACUAGGGGCAGCAGAGCCGGGCCAGCCGCCGGCCGCCAACACCGUGGUGAUGCUGCCGCAGCACGGGGCGCAGGCGCGCGUCUAAUCUCUCUCUUGUUCUGUUGCGUCGCCGAGCUGACCGGCCAAUGCAGGGGUGAUUCAUUGCUCCGAUGUGGACAUAAGUUUACUUAUCGCAUAGCGCUAAUUCGGUACUACACAAUCGCUAAACCAUUAAACUAAAGAUACAACCAUUACAUUAAAAUAAAUUUGCUUGGUAUAAAAAUAAAUAAAGAAAGAAAGGACAAAAAUGUUUGAACCACGGUCUAAUCCCCAAAUUUAAAUUAUUUAUUUGGUGAUAGGUACAUAGUUAAAUUAGUUGUUGAUUACAAUUUUCUGCCUUAAGCCACAAUCUGCCAUACCAUGGUGUGCAAAUUUAAAUUUAAAAUAUAUAGAACACUCGCAUCUCUGCAUGUUAGAAGGGGGAAACAUCUAGUUCAAUUAAUGUAUGGUCGGCUAUGUUUCGCGUAGAGCGAAUUUUCGCAUUUUGCAAUCAUUUGUGCGAAAAAAAUUGUUGGAAAGGUUUAUUUUGAAUUUAACAGCCUAAUUUCUUCGUUGGCGCUCGUUUGUUCGGUGUGUAACAUUUCAAGCUUUAAGGCCAUAUCCUGACUGACGGUGGAUUGUUUAAGACCUAAAAUUAGUAAAAAUGUAUUAACAUUUCAUUGUAAGAAGUUAUCCAAUAAAAUUACAAUACAUUCAUUGGCUCUUUUAUUUAAACUAUUGCAAUGUUUUACCUGACUGCGCGAUAGUAAAGACAGGAUUAUUCUAGAUUAUAAACAUUCAUUUCUACAGAAAACUGACGUUUAAUUUUUUUAAAUAAUUUUACACUAUGAGUUUGUCUUUUUAUAUGCUAAAUUAAUAAUUUCAGUCGCAAGACAUUGGUUGCUAAAAGUCGUCUGUCAGUCUGGAAAUGACCUAAGUUAUCUCCACAGUUGAUGUUUUGAUUGGAAGUCAGUAGUGGCAGUAUAGAUAGCGCUUCUAUAUUACUAUAUAUUUUUCUUUAAAUAUAAGCUUGAAUAAAAGAUUUCAUAAAGUGCCACAUUAGAUUGGUGUCUUUGGUGUGGAUGUAACUCUACUAUUUUUGCCUAUUUUAAUAAGUGUGUGUCAUUAACAUUUUUGGGGAUCAACUGUUAUGGGGUUCAGUUAAUUAAAAUAAAUCAAAGAUUGCAUAUUAAUGUUUAUUAUAUAACUUUGUGUUCACAGUUUUAUUAACAUAGGGUAAGGGUGUGCGCAUAUACAACUUUUUCUACACAACAGUUUUUGUCUGAAAACUAUUCAUGGCUCCGAAAUGACUCCGACUGCGGUACGAACAUAGAAAUAAACUGUUAGAAGGACCAAACCUUAUCUGUCCUCGCGUGCCUUGCCCCUAAUAAAGGACAGUCCACAUUACUAAUGGGUAUCUAUCUAUCUGUCUCUUAUAUACUUAUGCGUACGCUAUGGUUCAUCAGAUUGAGUUGAAACUUUGUACAGUCGUGACUGGCAAUUGUAAUUCAUCAUCAUCAAUAACCCAUCGCUGGCUCACUACUGAACACGGGUCCCUUCUCAGAAUGAGAACUGGCAAAUGCUGAUUGGCAGACUUAACACAUAGCAGGCAGGUUUCCAUACGAAGUUUCCCUUCACUGUUAAUAUAAUUUAAUUGCUUAAAAGGCCAAACAUUGCUCCGAAAAAUUAGAGGUGCGUGCCCAGAAUCGAACCCCGGACACUCGAAUAGGAGGCCAACGUCUUAACCACUAGGCUUAGUGUCCUACUAAAAUGGGAAUGGUUAUUCGAACAUAUUGAUGACAAUUCUGUUGGUCGCGAUCUCUAAACUAAAUUGAUAGCUCAAAACCUAUCGCUACCUUCGCAGGAAGCAUUGUGAAAGCCCUAGAGUAGAAAUAUAUUUAGACCUAUCAUUUAAGUUCAGUAUAGAGAUGGUGUACAACAGAAUUAGCCACAUUCUUCUUCUCUCUGGGCUGGUUUCCGCACUGUUGUGCGUGAAUUAGCGACAUUGUACCUAGUGUAGAGCGUAGACUUGCCAAAAGCAACCAUCCAAUUAAAGGCAUGUUCCAUUAUCACGGAGUGAUAUAAAAUCUACAAGAACUUCUCGUAGUAUUGGAAAAACCUAUGUUAUGCUAAUCGCAGAAUCCAGGCACAUAGAUAUGUAAUAAUAUUAUUACAUAGUACGCUAGAUAAGGCGUGCCAUACUAAAUGAUGUGCCGAUUACUGCCCUUUUAGAAGGAUGGAUUUUCGAAAUAAUUCAUUUUUUUUAUUUGUGACCUGUAUAUUUUAUAUCGAUGUCUGCAUGAAAUAAAAUAUAAUAAUCCAUUUCACUUCCUUUGAUCUCUUUUCUCAUCUUUCAUACAAAGCGGAGUGCCAUUACGUUAUGUUUAAUAAUUUUAUAUUUUUAUUUGAAUCUGUUGAAAUAUUUUCGAUAUUUUUUGCUCUAGGUACUAGUCCAAUACCAAGCUAAGGAUAAAACAAUUAUUUUAAACUAAUACAUUCCAAAUAUUUUUAAUAAUUCUAUCAGACAAUUCAUUUUUGUUAUAAAAUAAUACUAUACCUAGGUGAUAGUUAUGGAUUGCGUACGAUUGACGAUAUUGUACAGAAUCUUUUACAUUGAAAAAGUGCUUUGCGUUAAUGCCCUUUAAAAUGAAAUUACGAUACGUGUCGUAUUGUAGGUACUAACAGUGUAGUAACUUAGAAAUAUGGAUAUUUUUUGAAGAAUUUUCGCUUUUGCCGGUGCAAUAGAUUUUAUCAAUUCUUAAGAUUCUAUUAUGCCGUCCAAAUCAGGUUGAACUCUGAAAGGCGAAUAUUGUUGAAAUCUUGUAUCAAUACGAAGACUGACAUUUAAAUUCCGGGAAUUUCGUAAUAGAUUAGAAUAAAUUAAAAAUUGUCAAAACCAACCUUAGACACCUUCGCAGUAGUCCCCUCCUAAUUCUAUGCACCGGCGCCAACGGCGCUCCCACGCCGAUAUUAGUUUCUAGAAUAUGUCUGCAAAAUUUCAUGGACUUUGGUUGCUUAAUAUUCAAAUGAAAUUGGAACUACGAUUGUAUGAAACGAGUGACGGAGGGAGCCCUGUUAGCUUUCGAAUGCGACCGAAGCGAACGCGCCAGUGUUACCCGGGGGGACUGCAGAGCGAAAUUCCCGGAACUUAAUUGUCAGUCCUCAUAUUAAGAUUAAAAGAUAUUUAAUAUCAAUAAAAACGUUCUAUAAUAACGAUAGAGUUGAAAUAGGUUAAUUAUUUUGAAAAAGUAAGGCUUUUAAAGAGCUUAUCUAUUAGAAAUACGUGUUUUUUUAAAAUCAAUUUAACUAGCAAGCAACAUUUUUAAACGUAUGUAGAAUUGCCUUGCAGAAGAGGAAGGAACGCCUGAAAUUAGAUUUACAUAUUAUGGGAAAAUAGCUACCUCCCUCUCAGUGAUUCGUUACAAAAAUUGAAUUUGUAGCGAAAAGUUUAAAAAUACAUGUGCCUACCUAUAAAAGAAAUAUAUUUUUAUUUAAAUAAUAAUCGAUUCGAAUCAAGGAACGUACCUAAAUCAUGUUAGUAAAAAUUUAGACUAAGUUAUACUUAUUUAGUUAUAUUUAAAAAAAAUUGUUUUCGGUGUGUAAUUAUAUUAUUAUUGACAAACAUGUAUUUUAAUCUGAAAUUAAACAUAGAUGA